CGCACAACGCGUCUCACGCAACGCUCUGUGUUUUGGAGAAGAACGGAAGAUGGCGACCUCAAACAAUCCGCGAAAAUUCAGCGAGAAAAUCGCCCUGCACAACCAGAAGCAGGCGGAGGAGACGGCGGCGUUUGAGGAGGUCAUGAAAGACCUGAGCAUCACGCGAGCAGCGCGGCUGCAGUUACAGAAGACCCAGUAUUUGCAACUAGGCCAGAAUCGAGCUCAGUGCUAUGGAGGGUCACUGCCCAAUGUCAAUCAGAUUGGAAAUAGCAACACUGACCUCCCUUUUCAGAUGACGGUUUUAGACACCAGUCGGACGUCCCGACAUCACGGCCUGGUGGACCGCGUGUAUCGUGACAGGAAUCGCAUCGCUUCUCCGCAUCGUAGACCUCUCUCUGUGGACAAGCAUGGACGUCAGAUCGACAGCUGUCCCUAUGGCUCAGUAUAUCUGUCACCACCUCCCGACACAAGUUGGAGAAGAACCAACUCUGACUCAGCUCUACACCAGAGCGCUGUGAAUCCAGCUCCACAGGACACUUUUGUUGGUGGAUCUCAGGAACUGCAGUCGAAAGGAGUAAAAACAUUGCUGUUGCUCACCCCUCCAGAUACAGAGGACACUGAAUCAGAGAUGGAGCAAGACGAGCCCAAAGCAUCUCUGCAUACAGAGUCCUGUGACGUUCCUGGGAUUAACAUAUUUCCAUCUCCUGAUCAAGAAAUUAAUAGCUCUUUGAUGCCAGCUGCUCACAGCACCGGCGGCUCCUUACCUGAUCUGACAAACAUCCAGUUCCCUCCUCCUCUCCCCACCCCGCUGGAUCCAGAUGACCCCAUUACCUUCCCUACAUCCAGCUCCAGCAGUACGAACAUCCUGACCACCAACCUGACACACCUGGGCAUCAGUGCUGCCAGUCACAUCCCUUCCUCCCCUCCCGCCCAGCACACUGGCCCCGCCCCCUCGCCCAAUAUCAGCCCACAGCCACCCACUCCCACGCUGCCACCUGCCGUCUCCCCCCAGAUACCCAUCGCACAGCCGAUGACGAUGGACAGCCUGUCUCUGGAGCAGCAGUUGUCUCAGUACUCACUGCUGAGUUUACUGAACGACCUGCAGAAACAGCCACACAGCCUCCCUCAGAACAUUCGUCUCAUACGCCUCCCGCCUCUCACCGUAAGCUCCACCCCCAACACCACCAGCCAAUCACAGACAGCCACAAGCGGAACUGCCAGCUCGUACCGCAGUCAGACCGGCUCUUCAGCCAAUCAGUCACCCUCAUCUCCAGUGUCCAAUCAGGGCUUCUCACCCGGCGGCUCACCACAACAUAUUCAGGUGGUUGGAAGCAUCUUUGGAGAUUCAUUUUAUGAUCAGCAACUUCCAUCCAGACAGACCAAUGCCCUUUCAAACCAGAAGCUGGAACAGUUCAACAUGAACAUGAUGGAGAAUCCGGGCGGCUCUAGUCACUGUUCAACGCUGAAUUACACACAAGCAGCCAUGAUGGGUCUAACCGGGAGCCACGGCGGUCAGCAGGACGCGCAGCAGCUCGGUUACAGUAGCCAUGGCAACAUCCCCAACAUCAUUCUCACAGUAACGGGAGAAUCUCCGCCGAGUCUCUCCAAAGACCUCACCAGCUCGUUGGCCAGCGUUGAUGACGUCAGCUUUGACGCGGACUCUCAGUUCCCGUUGGAUGAGUUGAAGAUUGACCCCUUGACACUGGACGGACUGCACAUGCUCAACGACCCGGAUAUGGUUCUCGCCGACCCGGCCACGGAGGACACGUUCCGCAUGGAUCGACUGUGAAGCUGUGAAUGCACUUCGAAGCCAGACAUUCCUCUGCAUGGCGUCUCUGUUCACCAUCUGGUCAGUGGCCGUCCACGUCCCCCCAACCACCCACGUAACCGCAUGCUGCCAAACCGCUCGUGGCCAGGGGCCGGUGGAGGCGGCGGCCAGGGUUUGGGGGGGUGGAAGUGCUGUAUCCACACUGGAUAGUUUCCAAUGCGCAAUACCAUCCAUCAUCCACUCUCUUCAUGUAUUCAUGUUUUGGCUAGUCGCCAAUGCGCGGUUUCUAUUUAUUCCUUUUUGGUUGUUUAUCCUUUUGAUUUCAUGGAUCAUCCUAUGUUUAUCAGUAUAUUCGUAUUUACAUUGCCAAAUUUCAUCUAUUUUUUUAAUGUUUACAUAACUAUGCCAUGUCUUUGAAGAAAUAUCCAUCUGUGUGAUGAUGUGUGUGAAAUCGACAUAU